AUGUCAAAACCAACAACACAGAAAUCCCACCCCGCCAGGUCAGGAUCAAAAAAAAGAAAGGCACCUUCGGACGACGAUGUUCGAGGCACUGAGGACAGGACGCAGCAGAAGGUGGCGAGACCCAAGCAGAAGAAGAACCGCCGCCCAGACGCCGAGGACGAGGAAGCGCUGUUUGACCUCGACCUGGGCGUCAACACCAUCUUCGGCCGCAUGGACCCAGACCUGCUCACCGACUACGUGGCGGCCAACACCAAGCGCUUCGGCACCGAGCUGUCUGCCAUCGAGCUCUCGGACCUGUACGUCCCCGCGGGCGCGGUCAGGGACACGACUGCAUUUUCCAAGACGAGGGUGAAGGAGAACCUGGCCGAGUUUCUGGAGAAGUUUGCAGGUGGGGAGGAUGAGCAGGAGAAGAAGCGGCUGGGGACGGCACCUAAGAAGUGUGGGAGUCCGCACACGAUUGUGGUGGCGGGGGCGGGGCUGCGGGCUGCGGAUCUAGUGAGGGCGACGAGGAAAUUUCAAAAGAAGGAAAAUGUGGUUGCGAAGCUGUUCGCGAAGCACUUCAAGGUCGCAGAGCAGGUCGAUUUUCUCAAGAAAAACAGGACGGGCAUCGCCGUUGGCACCCCAGCCCGUCUGGCAGCCCUGUUAGAAGACGGAGCACUAUCCAUUGAACACCUCAAGAGGAUCGUCAUUGACGCCUCGCACAUCGACCAGAAGAAGAGAGGCAUCAUGGAUAUGAAAGACACUAUGAUGCCGCUUGCUCAGUGGUUAACGAGGAAAGAGUUUAGGGAGAGGUAUGGUGAUCUGGACAAGCCUUUGGACCUACUGUUCUUCUGA